AUGGAACCGAACACGCCUCAACACCAGCUGGCCAAGCAGAUCGCUGCCGGCAAUAGCAGCCCGGCGCUUGGGGUUGCGGCGCGGACGGGCCAGAAGGGACUCCAACAUGGCGCCGCGUUUGUGCGCCGCCGCAUGCUCGUCGAUCUGGAAAUAACUCGCCAUGACGACGCCUAUCCCUGGGUCCUCCAAUGGAUGACCAACUACCACCGCGCACAGCAAGCCGGCACCAGGCCACUCACGUACACGCCGCAGGAUGGGCCCUCGCACGCGGCCCACUUCUCCUUCGUACCGGGGCCGGGCAAGCACUUCUUGCGCUACAAGAAUGCUUUCAUCCUCGUCGACCGGCAGCGAGAGCGCAACAGCCUGAACGUCAAGGAUGGCGUACCCUUUGAGACGAUCAAUCUCACGACCCUCUACUCGCACCGCGACAUCUUCGAAGACAUCUUCGCCGAGGCACACCAGAUAUACCAGCAGUCGCAGGAGGGCAAGACUGUCAUAUACAACUCCAUGGGCACCAUGUGGCAGCCUUUUGGAGACGCCAAGCGAAAGCGACCCCUCGAUUCGGUGGUCCUGGAGCGCGGUGUCAAGGAGCGCAUUGUAGAGGACAUGGAGGCUUUCAUUGCAUCACGCAAGUGGUACCUAGAUCGCGGCAUACCAUACAGGCGAGGCUACUUGCUGUAUGGGCCGCCGGGCACAGGGAAGAGCUCCUUCAUCCAGGCUGUUGCAGGUCAUCUCGACUUCAAUAUUGCCAUUUUGAAUGUCAGCGAGCGUGGUCUCACAGACGAUAGGCUGAACCAUUUGCUGACCAAGGUCCCGCGACGUACUGUAGUGCUGCUGGAAGAUGUUGACGUCGCAUUCAUGAACCGUAAGACGCCUGGUGCAGACGGAUUUGCUAGCGCCUCGGUCACCUUCUCCGGGCUGCUCAACGCUCUCGAUGGUGUUGCCAGUGCUGAGGAGCGGAUCAUUUUCCUGACUACCAACCACGUCGAGAGACUAGACGAAGCGCUCAUCCGACCUGGGCGCGUGGACAUGACGGUAAGACUCGGUGAAGCAACAGAGUAUCAGAUCGAGCAGCUCUGGGACCGAUUCUAUGCAGAGUUCGAUGCAGGCGGGGAAGCGAAGCAGAGAUUUAUGGCUAGAGUUAGAGAGUUGGGCCUCAUCGACUCGGUGAGCACUGCAGCGCUACAGGGGUUGUUCCUCUACAACAAGGACGACACCGAGGGCGCUAUUACUAUGGUUGAGGGCCUCACCGCUGGUCGCAAAGCCGAAAACCACGUGGGGAUACCCGGUCACGUUGACGUGAACGAGGUGACGUCACGUUGA